UUACUAGCGACUUGCUUCAUUUUUCGAUUAACGAGUCAAGCAAGAUCAUUUAAAAUGGGUUCAUUUCUCCGGUUAAGAUCCGCAUUAAAAUUAUUCAAUGCUAAAUCACAAAUUGUUAGAAAUUUUUCGGUCUCUAAAACUGCUAAUAGGCUCUAUGUACCGUGUUGUACUGCAGUGCAAUGCACUAAUUCUCUAAAAUUGAAACAAAGUAUUUUAAGGCAAGAUAAGGUAUCUAGUAUUUUGGUAUCAAAUGCAAGAAAUUAUUCUUCAGGUGAACACACAAAGGAAGCUAUUUCUGAGAAGGUGUUGCAUGUAUGCAAGACAUUCGACAAAAUUCCAGCUGAUAAGUUGACCUUGGAAGCUCAUUUUAUGAAUGACUUGGGACUUGACAGUUUAGAUCAUGUUGAACUUAUUAUGAAUAUUGAAGAUGAAUUUAAUUUUGAAAUUCCUGAUGGAGAUGCUGAGAAAUUAUUAAGACCUAGAGAUAUAGUAGAGUACAUAGCACAGAAAGAUCUCAGUACUUAAAUGAUUGUUAUGUCUUAAACUUGUGUACAGGAAUGCAACAUUACUGUGGGAUUUCUAUUUCAGGCAAAUACAUAUAUAAUUUGAAGUUUCUAAGCCCUGUCAUAGCUUUGAAGGAAAUAGUAUGAAAUCUUCUGUUUUGUAGCUUUCAUAAUAAACUGUCCAUACUUUUGAA